AUGAACAGAUGCAGAAAAUGGAUCCUCAACCAUGGUGGUUUAGUGGUUAUUCCAUCAUGGGGAAAGUUUUGGGUCACGGUCCUUGGAGUUUAUGAGUGGCAAGGCUGCAAUCCGCUUCCACCAGAGUUCUGGUUUCUACCAAAAUUCACCCCUAUUCACCCAGGGAAAAUGAUGUGUCUCUGUCGGUUAGUUUACAUGCCCAUGUCAUAUUUAUAUGGGAAGAAGUUUGUGGGCCCUAUCACUGACCUAGUAAGAUCACUAAGAGAAGAGAUGUACAACAAGCCUUAUCAUCAAGUUAACUGGAACAAAGCCCGGAACACUAUUGUUAAGGAGGAUCUGUACUACCCACAUCCUAUGAUUCAAGAUAUAUUAUGGGGAUUUCUUUAUCACAUGGGAGAGCCUAUUCUGAACUGCUGGCCAUUUUCUAAGCUUAGACAUAAGGCAUUAGAAAUCGCAAUUAAUUAUGUGCGUUACGAGGAUGAGAACAGUAGAUACCUUUGCAUUGGAAGUGUAGAGAAAGUAUUAUGUUUGAUAGCACGUUGGGUUGAAGACCCGAACUCAGAGGCAUACAAACUUCAUUUAGCCCAAAUCCUCGAUUAUUUCUGGCUCGCAGAAGAUGGCCUGAAAAUCCAGAGUUGUGGAAGUCAAACGUGGGAUGCAACAUUUGCCAUACAAGCAAUACUUGCUUGUAACGUGAGUGAAGAGUACGGUCCUACGCUUCGAAAAGCACAUGACUUCCUGAAGGCCUCGCAGGUAGUUGAAAAUCCAUCUGGCGAGUUCAAAGAAAUGUACAGACACAUAUGCAAAGGAUCAUGGGCAUUCUCAAUGCAUGACCAAGGCUGGCAGGUCUCGGACUGCACAGCAGAAGGACUCAAGGCUGCACUGUUACUGUCAAAAAUGCCAAGUGAUCUCGUUGGAGAAAAAUUGGAAACAGAGCGAUUCAAUGAUGCUGUUAAUGUCAUCCUCUCUCUACAAAGCAGCAACGGCGGGUUCCCUGCUUGGGAGCCUCAAAAUGCUUACAGUUGGCUAGAGAAAUUCAAUCCAACUGAAUUUUUUGAAGACACACUGAUUGAGAGGGAGUAUGUUAAGUGUACUGGUUCUGCAAUGCAAGCCCUGGCUCUCUUCACAAAGCUACACCCGAAUCAUAGAACAAAGGAAAUACAACAUUGCCUUGCCAAAGCAAUUCGUUACAUUGAAAAAACACAAAAUCCUGAUGGCUCCUGGUAUUCUAUCUUCUAUUCUCACUGA